AUGGAGUCUUUUUACCAAGAAUAUCUUGCAUCUCACGGAACAGUGGUGAAGCCUUACUACUGGCUGACACCAACUCUCGGCUGUUCCAGGUGCCCAUAUCAUAUCCGGACAGGUGAAGAAGCAAGAGUCCCUUACAGGGAGUUUUAUCAGACUUUUGGAUUCCCCCACGGGCCCAUGUUCCCUCAGCCCGAACACCUCACAUUUUAUGAACUAAAGACUUUCUCUGGUGCUCCGGUGCAAAAGGGCCAAGCAACCAGCUGCGUCCAGUACAGCAUCCACCCAGAAUCUAUGCUGUUUGAGGAGGGUGGCUAUCUGGACUCCGUCGUAAACUACGAUGACAGCAUUGGACACAUCAUCCUCUUUUCCAACUACACUCCCUGCAAUGAGGCCGGUCACUGCUGCAUCAGCCAAAUGUUCGACUUUCUGAUGACGUACCCAGAUAUCACCCUCAGCAUUUACUUCUCUCAGCUUUAUCACACAGAGAAUGACUUCCCUGCUUCGCCCUGGAACCGCAAAGCUCUCCGGAGCUUGGCCAGCCUGUCGCCUCGGGUCUCCGUGAAUCCGAUAAGCGGUGGGAUCUGGCAUGCUCUCCUCAGGAGCUUUGUGAGUGGCAUUUCUGGAGCGACGCUGCGUCACCCUGUGUUACCCAGCAGGGCCCUGGCUGAUGGGCACAACGCGUAUGAGAUCAAUGCCAUCACAGGAGUGAAACCUUAUUUCACAGACGUCCUGCCCCAGGUGCAAAAUCGGAGCUCCGAAGUUAGGCGGGACAUACAGAAAGAGUGUUUCAAUUGGAUGGCUCCUCAGUGGUCUUCUCCAACAUCAGACAUUCACCUGCCACCCCUCCCGUCACAAGGAUACCGGAUGCCCGUCGUCUACAUACCCGUUCUGGUCGGAGGACGGCCACAGCUCCGGUCAGGACAAAGCCAACCCACACCACAGAACGUGGUAAGACAUUUAAAAAUGCCACAGGCAUUAAACAAUGGAAACCAAAGCCCGGGAAAGUUCCCUCCUGGAAAACCCAUCAAGAUUGUGGAAGUCACGGAACGUCGCCUAAGCAGCAAAAAGAUGAGUGACAAGAAGAAAAAAAGAGAAAAGGACAUCCGCUUCUGA